AUGGUCGCCAGCACCCACCUCCAACGCUCCAUCCCCGCGUAUUAUGACGGCUUCCAGGAUGCGCUAGACAACCUCUCCGAACAAAUUGUGAGUGCACAGAUUGAAUGUCAAGGGAUAUCUCAGAAGAAUUUAAGAGAAGCCUUUACGCCUUUCGAGAUUUCAUGUUCCCCCCUCUGUACCUGCGUCCCCGCUGACGGUAUACAGUUUAUCGCAAAGGCCUUCCUGGAGAGGGACUACGAAGCUAUCAAGGCGCGCGAGGCAGUCCCCCAACCCGUCGAGGAUGUAUCCAUGAGCGGAAUCGAUCAGAAGACGGAGACAGAACAACCGCCGUUGGCUCUCGAGCAAACAGACCCAGCUGCGCGACCUCUCAAGGUCGAACCCACAUCGGACGAUUUCGCCACGGCAGGCCUCUCCGCACCUACAGAAGCUAUCCCACCACUCCAAUCCAGCGAACCAGUACCGAAGACAGAAGAAACAGAGACAGGAGGAGUAUCGACGGACCAAAAGUUUCCCGGAACUACUGAAGGCAUUCAAUUUGACACCGUGCUCGAUGAGGCCGGCGCGGGCAACUCAUUCGACCUCAACUACGACUUUGGCAACGACGACAUGGGCAACCAAGCCUUCCUGUCCGGGACGGCCUUUGGUAACACCACGACCGGCCCUGAUAAGCCUGGUGCCUCCCUACCUCCGACUGAUAAUGCGACCGCGGCCCCCGCAGGCGGGGGUGCGUUUGAUCUGGAGCUGGGUCAGACGGAGGGUGCCAAUGCAUUCCCAGACGCGGGCACUGGGAUGGAUGAUAUGAUGGGACCGGGCGAGUCGAGCUUUGAUGAUCUGUUUAUGGAGAAUGAAAACUUUGGCGAGACAGCGGGGGAUCUGCACCAGCUGGAGGGUGAUAGUCUGAUGGAGAUUAAUGAGCUGGAUGAUAGUUGGUUUAGUUGA